UUUUGCAGGAAUUCAUGAAGAGAUGUUGAAGGAUGUAGUGAGAACAAAGACUUAUCAGAAUGUAAUUUACCAAAACAAGUUUCUCAUCAAGGACAAAAUUGUUCUUGAUGUUGGAGCUGGGACAGGAAUCUUGUCUCUCUUCUGUGCCAAGGCUGGAGCUAAACAUGUCUAUGCUGUUGAGUGUUCUCAAAUGGCUGACAUGGCAAAGGAGAUUGUUAAAGCCAAUGGCUUUUCUGAUGUGAUAACUGUUUUGAAAGGGAAGAUUGAGGAGAUAGAGCUUCCCACUCCUAAAGUGGAUGUGAUUAUAUCUGAAUGGAUGGGUUACUUUUUGUUGUUUGAAAAUAUGUUGGACAGUGUCCUCUACGCUCGUAAUAAAUGGCUUGUUGAUGGCGGGAUUGUGCUGCCAGACAAGGCCUCUCUGUUUCUUACAGCAAUUGAGGAUUCAGAGUAUAAAGAAGACAAAAUUGAAUUUUGGAACAGUGUGUAUGGUUUUGACAUGUCAUGCAUCAAGAAAAAAGCUAUGAUGGAACCACUUGUUGACAUAGUCGACCAAAACCAGAUUGUCACCGAUAGUAAGCUACUUAAGACAAUGGAUAUCUCGAAGAUGUCUUCUGGUGAUGCUUCCUUCACAGCUCCCUUUAAACUUGUUGCACAACGCAAUGACUACAUCCACGCCCUUGUAGCCUACUUUGAUGUAUCAUUCACCAUGUGCCACAAGCUCCUUGGUUUCUCAACAGGACCGAGAUCCCGGGCUACGCACUGGAAACAAACAGUCAUGUACCUUGAAGAUGUGUUAACCAUAUGCGAGGGUGAGACGAUCACUGGAAGCAUGUCUGUGUCGUAUAACAAGAAGAAUCCUAGAGACGUUGACAUAAAGCUAAGCUAUUCUUUGAAUGGCCAGCACUCCAAAGUCUCAAGGACCCAACACUACAAAAUGCGUUGAAGUUCUCUCAGAAGAACUUUAAAUUUGCAGCUGAAACUGAGAAGAUGCCAUAUUCUCAAAUUUGUGAUAUUAGUUUUUGUAUUUUUUCCUUUUCCAGUUUUGCAACAUUCCCUUUUCCUUCACACUGCAACACUUUUUUCCCCGAGUUGAAUUUAUGAUUUUGCUAUAAGCUA